AUGGACCCUGGCAUCCUACGUGCGUUGAAUGAUAAACUCUACGAAAAGCGCAAGAUCGGUGCCCUUGAUCUCGAGAGGUGUAUCCGUGAGCUUGUGACAAGCCGUGACUAUGCCAAGGUCAACACGAUUCUUGAGCAACUAUGUAAUGAAUAUGCCUAUGCUGUUCACCAACCUCAUGCUAGAAACGGCGGUCUGAUCGGCCUCGCUGCAGCAGCAAUAGCCCUUGGUCAAGAGUUGCCCAAUUAUCUUUCCCGCAUUGUACCUCCUGUUCUUGCAUGUUUUACAGACCAAGAUGCAAGGGUUCGGUACUAUGCCUGUGAGGCUAUGUAUAAUAUUGCAAAAGUAGCCAAGGGGGAAAUACUGAUCUAUUUCAACGACAUCUUCGACUCCCUCUGUAAAGAAGAGGGCGAUGAGGACAAGUUCCUUGCCGACAAUCUUGAUUCCUUACCCACGGCCUUUUCUCUGUCACGCUUCAUACCUUUGCUGAAGGAGCGUAUCUGGGUCAUCAACCCAUUCACUCGCCAAUUCCUUGUUGGGUGGAUCACGCUCCUUGACUCAAUUCCGGAUCUAGAGCUAGUGGCUUAUCUACCGGACUUCCUCGGUGGUCUUCUAAAAUUUCUUAGUGAUCCUAACCGUGAUGUUCAUGUCGCCACAAGGAAUUGCCUUGAUAAGUUUUUGACCGAGAUCAAGAGAAUCUCCCACGUUCGCAAAGGCAUUGCCGAUAACAGAAAGCCUCAAGGCGAUGCCCUUGAGUCUGAUGAGGAUGAUGUCAGUGAAGAUGACUGGAUCCCCGGACAGGAUGUUCUCAUCAACCACGGUGCUAUCCUGGAGAUCCUUACGGCGAGUCUAGAUUCACCACUUGAGGAGGAUUCGCUAUUAGAAUCUCUGCGUUGGAUUGUUCAAUUUUUGGACAUUUGUCCGGAGGAGGUUCUUCCGUUUACGCCAAAGAUUUUAGCCCACAUGCUGCCUGCUAUGGCAAGUGGUGUAGAGUCAAUCCGACAGGCGGCCGGUAGGGUUAACACGGGGCUCAUGGACUAUGUUGUAUCUCUAUCGGACGAACCGGAGCCAGUUUUAGGAUCUUCUAAGGCCGCACUUUCGGCUGAGCGGACUGAUGGAGGUAGCAGCGCACGUGUCUCUCUCUCCAGUGUUAGAGACACGGAUGGAACGGUGGCCCAAGCAAGGCCUUUAACUGCAUCGGCAUCCGGCGGAACGGGGGCAGAGCGCCAACCACAACCAGACCUUGAUUAUGCUGCUGCCGUUACCUCCCUGACUCUUCUGUUUCUCAAUGACCACGAGGCAACUCGCGUUGCCGCGCUUACUUGGCUCAUCAUGCUUCAUCGGAAAGCCCCGCGCAAAGUGUUGGCCUUCAACGACGGGACAUUUCCGGCACUACUCAAAACACUCUCAGACCCUUCUGACGCCGUAGUAACAAAAGACUUGCAGCUUCUCUCGCAGAUCUCGAGAAAUUCCGAGGAUGACUAUUUUGCCAAUUUUAUGGUGAAUCUCCUCCAACUAUUUUCCACUGACCGGAAGCUACUAGAGACGAGGGGCAACUUGAUUAUCAGACAGCUUUGCGUGAGCCUCAGCCCAGAAAGAAUUUACCGAACCCUGGCCGAUUGUAUUGAAAAGGAAGAAGAUGUAGAGUUCGCUAGUAUCAUGGUUCAAAACUUGAACAACAACCUAAUAACGGCACCUCAGCUAUCAGAGCUGCGCAAACGACUCCGCAGCCUGGAAACCAAGGAUGGGCAGCUGUUUUUUGUCGCCCUGUUUCGAUCUUGGUGUUAUAAUGCUGUAGCGACCUUUUCCCUUUGCCUUCUCGCCCAGGCCUACGAACAGGCUUAUAAUCUUCUGCAAAUCUUCGCGGAACUUGAGAUGACUGUUAAUAUGCUAAUCCAAGUUGACAAACUGGUACAACUAAUUGAAUCACCAGUCUUCACUUACCUUCGACUCCAAUUGCUUGAACCAGAGAAGCACCCGUAUCUUUAUAAAUGCCUCUAUGGCCUAUUGAUGCUUUUGCCUCAAUCUUCUGCGUUCGCUGCUUUGAAAAAUCGCCUAAAUAGCGUGAGCCCGAUAGGCUAUCUUCAUAUCCAGCCUCGCAUUUCGUCAUCGUCUGCGUCUACUAGUACUUCGUACGAUCGGCCACCCCGGUUAAAAGGCCGAGAAGAAGGAAUCAUCCGUUGGUCUGAGCUAUUAGAAAAGUUCCGUACUGUGCAGGAACGUGCCCGCCGUGCCCAGAGGCAUAUGAGCGAGUUUGAUGAUGGGCCCCAGUUAGGAGUAGGUGAGCUCCGAAUAGGGGAUGCCUUCGAGUCGAAAUCAGGUAAAGAUGGUCGGGUUGGUAACCCUCCGCCCGUGCCUGUCAAAGAUGCUGGCCCUGUACCGGCGUUGGCUACUAAGGCAAGGACUGGAUUAGGAAAGCAACUUGGCCGAUUUGGAGGGCCGUCGCCGGUAGGGGCAAGAGAAGCGCUCCUUAAAAACUUAGGUCAACUACUUUACGCAUUAUCAAUGUCCAUAGGUCCCACAUAG